GGAUAUUGAAGAGUUUCAAAGUAAUAUCAGAAAACGAUGAUCAUCAUUAAUAUUGAUAAAUACACGGAACAUGAGUUUGUUGUGUUGGCGUCGGCCAUAAUUUAAGUGUUCACUUUUCAUGGAUUUCAGCCAGUGUUAUGUCUAAUGGGCUGUGGAUAUGGGUUUGUGCCGUAACUGAGAUGUGAUGACAACUACUGGGAAUCAUGGAUUGUGAUAGUGUGGCCAUUGAAGUUGAAACUUUGCUCCAAUAAAAGACUGUUGCAGCUGAUGGCUUUUCCUUGAUCUCCCAGUACAUUUCAACUUCAACGCCAUGGGUUUGCAAGGGGACCUCAACGCCCUCAAGAAACAGAGGGGAACUGCUAAAGGAAAGUUCACCAGGAAGGUAACUUUAUGUAAAGAAGGAAUAGACAGAGGUGAUGAUCUAUUAGUGUUGAAGACUAACUAUGAGGAAGUAAUAGAAGCAUUUAAGUGUUUAGAGUGUAAGAAUGAUGAACUGAUACAAUUUAUAUCUGAUAAUGAGGAUAAAUUAGAAGAUAAAAACCUGGAAGAAGAGGCUGAACAAUAUAUUUUAGAUAGUGAAAGAUUAAAGAAUGAACUGUGUGCUAAGAUAUUCAUGGCAAAUAAUGAGAAGGCAACCGACAAACCAAAGGUUAAGGUAAAGAGAUUUGAACCUCCCAAGUUUGAAGGUAAUUUAAGAGAGUAUCCUACAUUUAAAGAGGAUUAUAAGAACUUGGUUCAAAGUGAAUAUGGUGCUGAUCCAUAUGCACUCAAAAUGUGUUUAGGUGGGGAGGCACUCCAGGCAGUAAAGGGCUCGGAGGGUAAUUAUGAUGAAAUGUUUAAGCGGUUGGAUGACAAAUUUGGUAACCCAAGGAAAAUUGUAGACUUGGUGAUAAGUGAUCUCAAAUCGCUGAGGAAGAUAUCAGAUGGUGAUACUAAGGGAUUUAUUAAAAUGGUUGAUCAGGUUGAACAAUGUUGGUUAGAUUUAAAAAGGGUAAAUCUAUCUGAUGAACUCAAUACAGCUAAUGUUGUUAGCCAUAUUGAGAAAAUUCUGCCUUCACUCCAAAAAAGAGAAUGGGUAAUUAAAGCAAGUGAUAUCUCGGUCACUGGUGAAUUGUUUUCUGAGCUGUUGGGUUUCUUGCAGAAAGAAAGGAAGGUUUUGGAGUACAUGAAUUCAAAUGUAAGAACUAGUACUAGUGAUAGCAGAGCAACAGUACAUCAUGUUGAAAAUGUGGUCGAAAACAAUUCGGAGUCAGAGUUGGUUAAGCUGAUGAGAAAAUUGAAUGAAGAACAACAGAGCAAGAAUAGGGAAUUUGAGUCAUGCAUUGUAAAUUUGAAUGAAAUGAUAAAGGGUAUUAAAUGCAAAGAGAACAAUAUAAGUAUAGGUUGUUUAUUACACAAUUCAGAGAGUCAUGAUAUAACAAAUUGUUUCAAGUUCAAGGGCUGUAAUAGCAAAGAAAGAUUUGAUGUGAUUAAGAGGAAUGGUAUAUGUUUUAGGUGUUUAAAGGGAUAUCAUUCAGCACGUGGGUGUAAAGUAGGCAAAUUAUGUGAUGCAGUCAUUGAAGGACAAGGACCAUGUAAUCGGAAUCAUCAUCCACUUUUGCAUCAAGACAGAAUAGAAAGCAAUUCUCACAAUGCAGUAAUGGAGAAGAAAGGCAAAGCUUUGUUGAACAUUAGUACGGUGCAUAGUAAAAAUCUGCCCGUCACUGUAUUGUGGGAUCCAGGUUCAGAUACUUCCUUAAUUACUUAUAGGAUGGCCAAGAAGUUAGGAUUGAGUGGAAAGGACGUCAAUUUAUCUUUGAUCAAGGUAGGCAACACAAUUGAACAUCAGUCAAGUAAAGCAUACUGUGUACCAUUAACUGAUAAGAAUGGUAAAGUUUGGAAUGUGGAUGCUGUCGGUAUGAAUGAAAUAUCUUCCAAAGUUAAAAGGAUUGAUUUGUCCAGAUUACCUGAACUUUUUAUAAGAAUCUCGAACUUGGAGGUGGAUCUCCCAUGUGGGGAAAUUGAUAUGCUCAUCGGUACAGAUUGUUGUGAAAUACUGCCAAAGGUUGUUGAACAAAAUGAGGGUAUUCAGUUGCUGGAAAAUCAAUUCGGGUUCAGCAUUCGAGGUAGACAUGACAAGAUUACCAAUGGAUCCAACACCAGCAAUCAUACACUUGUAAGAACUCAUAAACUGUCUAGUCUCGUAGAUUUGAAGGAAAUUAGCGUAGAAUCAACAGAUACCUUAAAGACUAAAUUGGACAAAUUCUUUGCCAUGGAGGAAAUGGGAACAAAAUGUAAACCACAGUGUAUAAAGUGUAUGUGUCGAGGAUGUCCUGAACCUAAUUGCACAAGUCUAAAGGAAGAAAGAGAACUAGCAUUGAUUGAGGAAGGGUUGUUAUAUAAUGAGGAACAAAAAUGCUGGCUAGCAAAGUAUCCAUGGCUAAGGGAUCCAAUGCAUUUGAAAGAUAAUAUCAAAGUAGCUAAUGCUAGAUUAAAAACAACGGAGAAUAGAUUGAAGAAACUUGGCAAUGAAUAUGCCAUGAAGUAUCAGAGAGAAAUAGAAGAUAUGAUUAAUAGGGGAGUGGCGAGGAAAUUAACCAAGGAAGAGAUAAGAGAAUACAAAGGUCCAGUUCAUUAUAUUCAUCAUCAUGAAGUAUUGAAACCAGAAUCCAAAUCAACUCCAAUACGCAUUGUCUUCAACUCUUCUGCGUCAUACAUGGGGCAGAAGUUAAAUGAUUUCUGGGCAAAGGGGCCAGAUAUCCUGAACAGCUUACUGGGAGUUUUGUUUAGGUUUAGACAGAAUAAUAUAGCUAUAGCAGGCGACAUAGCUAAGAUGUACCAUACUGUCAAGCUCAGCACAAUGGAUGAACAUACACACAGAUUUUUAUGGAGGGAUUUGGACGACAAUAGACCACCUGAUCAGUAUGCUCUUACCACAGUAACGUUUGGAGAUAAGCCUAGUGGUACCAUAGCUACGCUAGCGUUGAGACACACUGUAGAGAAAUUUGGCAAGGAAUAUCCGGAUGUGCAAGAUAUGAUUAUUAACAAUACUUAUGUUGAUGACAUACUGUAUUCUACUGAUACCGUUGAGAAUGCAUUCAAGUUAAUACAGGAUACGGAGAAGAUAUUGUCUCAGGGAAGUUUCAGAGUUAAACAUUGGAUUGUCAGUGGGCAUUAUGAAAGCUGCAAGGUCAAUGUGAUAAAAUCUGACCAAGAGAAGAUCUUAGGGUUGAAAUGGAACCCGUUGGAGGAUCAUUUUUUCUUCACAGUAAAACUUAAUUUUUCUUCAAGAAUAAGAAAUGUCAGAAGUGGUCCAAAUUUAAAUUUAGAUGAAAUUGAUGAUAAGUUUCCAGAACAUUUGACACGCAGAAUGAUAUUGAAUCAGAUUGCAUCCAUAUAUGAUCCAUUAGGGUUUGCUGUACCAGUAUUGCUCAAAGCAAAAAUUUUGAUGAGACUCUUGAUUUCCAAAGGCGAGUCGAAAGAUGGCGGAAUCAAGUGGGAUGAUCCACUUGAUAUUUCCACGGUUAGGGAAUGGAAGAUGUUUUUCAAGGAAUUGUAUGAGUUAGAGAAAUUGACCUUUAGAAGAUCCUUAAUACCAUCUAAUGCAGUUGGUAAACCAAGCCUAAUAAUAUUUUCGGAUAGUAGCAUGCAAGCAUACGGAGCUUGUGCAUAUGUGAGGUGGCAAACUGGUGAAGACGAAUUUGAGUCACAUCUGAUAGCAGCUAGAAAUAAGAUUGCACCAAUGAAGCAAAUGUCCAUUCCUAGGUUGGAACUAUGUGCGGCUCUUAUGGCUGCUAGAUUAAGAGAAUCUAUAUUAAAGGAGUUUACAUGGAAGUUUGAGGCAAUUUACCACAUAGUUGACUCAUCAAUUGUAAGAUCACAAAUCCAAAGGGAGAGUCACGGAUUCAAUACCUUUGUUGCAGUACGCAUAGCGGAGAUACAAAUCAAAACUGACCCAAAGGAAUGGUGGUGGGUCGAUUCAACACAGAAUAUUGCAGACAUGACCUCUAGACCAUGCAAACCAGAGAAAAUUGGGAGAGAGUCGGACUGGCAAAAUGGACCCAAGUUUUUAACUUUACCAACUAGUAGAUGGCCCAUCAGGCAAACUUGUGAGGAGGAGUUAACUGACAGAAUUGGUAUUAGCAUGACGGUCAAUAAUGCAAGUCAUGAGAAUUGUGGUAUGCAAUUAAUUGAUGUUAAUAGGUAUAGUGACUAUUACAAAUUGCUGAGAGUUACAUGUAGGGUAAUGAAUGUAUUCAAAUACAAGUCUUUCAAAGGUAUUCUAAGAAGCCCCACAGUUCAAGGGAUUACAGACGCAGAAAUAUUAUGGGUCAAAGAAAUGCAAAAGAGCAUGACUGAUUGGGAAACAAGGUUCAAAAGAUUGGGACCAUCAGUUGAAAAGGGAAUUAUAGUAGUAGGACAACGAAUUUCUAAGUGGUUGAAAGACAAUUGGAAUCAAGAAAAUUUCAUGUUAAUACCAAAUAAACAUCCUGUUACUAGGUUGUACAUAUCCUGUCUACAUAAAGUGGACCAUGCAGGUAUAGAGACUACAAUGUUGACAAGAGCAGUUUAUCUGGAUCUAGCUAUGGGAUAUAGUACCGAUGAUUUCUUAACCACUUUUCAAAGGUUCAUUGCUAUUAGGGGGGCCCCUAAAUUUAUGUAUUCUGAUAGGGGAACUCAGCUAAUAUCAGCUAGUAAGAAAAUAGAGAGCAUUGGGGAGAAAGAAGGUGUGACCUGGAUUUUCAAUAUGCCAAGUGAUGCACCAUGGUAUAAUGGUAAGUGGCAAAGGGACUAUUUCCCGUCAAUGUUGAUUAGACAGAAAUGGCAUACAGCCAAAAGGAAUGUGAAAGUAGGAGAUGUUGUUCUAGUGCAAGAUAGCAAUAUUGUAAGGGGGACGUGGAAACUGGCUCAAGUAAUUAGGGCUGACCCAGGACGAGAUGGGAUAGUUCGUGAAGUUGAUUUAAGAUAUAAAAUAAUAAAGGAUGGCAAAGGGUAUUAUGGUGAGGCGGAUAAGAUCAUGUGUAGAUCGGUACAUAGAUUAGUAAUGCUGUUGCCAAUAGAAGAACAAGUUUAA